UCGAAUCGAGCACAUCUACGACAUAUACCCGUACUCACACACGCAACCCAGUUCAUCACUGGAAAAUGGCUGCGAACGAACCUCUCCAGAAUGGAAGUGCAGAUAUGCACAGCGGCGUGUCGUCUGUCAUGCCUCCAAUAGUUGGUAUAAAUUUCGGCAAUUCAUUUGCAUCUAUCGCCGUCCUCGUUAAGGAAGGGGUAGCAGAAUGUAUCGCAAAUGAAGAUGGCGAACGUCAGAUCGCUUGCGCUAUCGCGUUUCAGGGGGAGGAAUUGUACAUUGGAAAUCCCGCCAAGCACCAACUAGUUAAAAAUUCACAAAAUACCAUCACUGGCUUUCGGAAUCUACUCGGGAAAAAGUUCUCCGAGGUCCCGCAAGCCACACUCUCCGUGUCUGCGCCGGUCAUCCAGCAUCCAACACUACCAGACACACCGGCUUACAAAGUGAAAGUUUUACAACCUGCUCCAUCUCCGCUUCCAGUCACCGCCACAAACACUCCCGCUGCGUCACGGAUAGCCACCCCUAGGUCAGAACCAGUUGAAGUGGAGCGGUUCCUUACAGUAUCAGAGGUUACGACCAUCUUCCUCGGUUCGUUGCUGAAGUCUGCGGAGGACUUCCUAGGACACCGGGUGCUUGGUGCUGUCAUUGGCGUUCCCCCGUGGUUCGAUGACGUUCAACGCAACGCGUUGGCAAAAGCUGCAGAAGACGCCGGGAUCCACGUUCUCCAGCUACUGGACGACGUUGGGGCUGUCACCGUCUGCACCUCUACUGGUACUGACGACGUUCCAAACGACCGCACUCAGCUCGUGGUUGAUCUUGGAGCUUCUUCGCUCGAGCUUUCUCUGUUGUCCAUCAAAGAGGGUUUAGCUUGCUCAUUGGCUACCCUCUCGGACAACAGUGUUGGCGGAGAUGAGAUAGACUCUAAACUCAUAAAAUACUUCGCCAAGGAGUUCACCAAAAAGACCAAAACACCUCUUACGGUUGCGCCUGCCACCGGCCUUCAAGACAAGCGUGCGGAGGCAAAACUUCGUCUUGCUGUAGAGCACACCAAGCGCACGCUGAGUGCAAGUCCAGGCGCUGCUACCUGUUCCGUAGAGUCCCUCAAAGACGGUUUGGAUUAUACCGGUUCUAUCAAUCGCCUUCGCUUCGACAUGGAAGUCCGCUCGAUUUACAACAAAGUUUAUGACAGGGCAAAGGAAGUCGUCGCACGUGCAGAGAUGGAUCUUCUUGAUGUCGAUGAAAUCGUUUACAUUGGCGGAUCCGCUUGCCUUCCAGGAUUGGACGAAACUUUAUCUCAAGGAUUCUCUGAGUCUGUCAUAACACCAUUCAAGGCCGGUACAGUCGUUGGUGGAGGUGUCGGUGAUCCUACAACCAUCCUGGCUCGAGGAUGUGCCCUGCAAGCACAGCUUCUAUUUACCCUCUCCCGCCACUUUGCAGAUCUCCCUACAGCAUUUAACAGGGGAAGCGAGCUGAUAAGUACCACUGCCACAACCCGUACCAUAGGUCUUCUCGUCCCUCGAGAGGAAGCCGAAGGGAGCAUGGGGGGGAUUUGGAUACCCCUUGUGUUGAAAGAGACGCCGCUUCCUUGUCGGCGAAAGCUGUCGUUCCAAGUGGAUGUCCCCGAGCCUGAUUCAAAAGUUGGUUUCGAAGUUUGGGAGGUGAAGGAAGGUGUCAAGAUCGACCACCUUCCAUUACCGAAACUCGAGGACGAGGAGCCAAAUGAAGACGAGGAAUUCGAAGAAAUUAAACAAAAAACGCUGUCGAAGGAGACUUACCUCUCGUCUUUGACGCUGUCUCCUCGGCAUGUUGUGGGGGGCAAGACGAAGAUGCAGGUCCAAGUGAAAAUAUCAAGUUCUGGAGAUGUCGAUCUCAGCCUCCGCGAGGUAACAAAAGACGGCUUUGGAGAGGCUGUCACUGCUACGAUUUCUGCGCCAUAGUUUAACGGUUAGAUAACCACACCUGUCUCGCAAGCGAUAAGGCUGAUAGAUACACGUCCG